GCAGGAACUGAACUCUCUCUUUGCCACCGGCGAACUCCCUUCCCUCUUCUCCAACGACGAAAUGAGCGGAAUUCUUCACGCUCUGGGUCCGUCCAUCAAGAGAGACUUUCCCAGUGAGGACACUCAUCCAAUGCAGUAUUUCACCGCACGCAUCGCACGCUACUUUCGCCUGGUCAUGUGUGUCUCUCCCUCCUCUACCCUCUUCACCCCCAGUCACAAUUGUUCCCUGGUCUAAUGGGGAAAUGUCAGAUGGUCUGGGCACCAGGUUGGACCAACGUCGAACUAUCAAACUCUCUUUAUCGCACCUCCUCUCUCGCUGUCCCUCUCAAGGAAAACAUCAGGGAACCUCUGUAUGAUUGUAUGCGUGGGAUCCACCAGCUUGUCCUGAAGCAAUCAGGACACCUUCAGCUAGCAGGACACCUCCCCUCCACAGACCCCACAACAGGACAAUCAUCGGCCGAUCCUUCAUCUCUAACUUCGUUCCAGUUACUAAUGGAGAGGGUGGUUGGAAUCGAACGAGAACUGGGGGGCCACAAUUCAAACACGGGGUUCGCUGGAGAAUUCUCGACCCCCUACAUCGGACCCCUCACAUUCCGCUCUCUCCUCGAGAACUUCUGUGGAAUCUACUCCGUGAAGAAGUUGUCGCAGGAGGAGAGUGGAGCAGCUGAAGAGGGCCCUCCAGUCGCUGGAGAGGACAGAGAAAGAGGUGGGGAGGAUGAGAGAAUCUCUAGCAAUCAGCAGAAAGAGCACACGACGGUCUGCCAACAAUGCUCCCAGCUACUUGAGAAACUGACUGGGAAAUCUUGCCAGGUUGAGAGAGUGAGGGCUCUACUGAGUGGCAGUGGAAGUGUAAUGAGCGCCAUCCAGCUGACGGCAGAGGAGGAGAAGGCGAUGGCCGAGGAUUGCGAGGACGAGGAUGAGUUCCUGGCCAACCUCCUGGGGUCGUGUCUGAGGAAGAAGGGCUCGAGACUGGAGCUGCAGCUGGCAAUGGCCAGGGAGAGGGAGAGAGAUGCACAGAGAGAGGAGGAGGAGGCGAGGAAGGCCAUGAUCGCUGCCAGGGAUGAGGUGCAGUACUGUGAGGAGCGGAUCAAUCGAAACACAGUGGACCAGAUUAAGAGCCUGCCCAGUCCUCCUGCUGUGGUCUGCACCGUCAUGCAGAGUCAUGCUGACCCUCCUCAGCCAGCACAGAGGAAGAGGAGGGGGAGGAGGAGGGGGAGGGGGGAAAGGAGAGGCUUCAGAGGCACCCGAAGAAGACAGUCUUCGAUCCAGUGCCUCCUCAAGUGCCUCAGACAGCCUUAAACAGCCUAGGGCUCGAAAAGCCUCCAUCUGUCCUCCGGUGAGCACGAUUCCUCCCUCGUCCAAUCUACGAGAGGCGCGCGAGAGAUGGACAGCCAUCAAACUAGCGAUUGGAGACUCGCAGAACUUUCUGGACCUCGUCUCGGGGAUUAAUUGGAGGGACGGCCUCACAGUGGAGGCUAUGAAUCUCAUCAAGGCCCACCUGUGUACCGGGGAGGGUGGUGAAGGAGGAGGAGGUGUGAGGAAGGAGAUUGGAAGGACUGGACUCCAGACACACGGGCUGGUGACACUCUCUGCAGCGAGGCACGCGGAUGAAGUUUUGGGGAUAAUAUUCCGGUUUGCCGUCGGGAUGUUGAGGUACACGGGUCUCUUCCAGAGCCACUUGCUGGCCCACGAAAAACUCAACAGAGCUCGGCAGAGGAGCUCAGACCUUGACCAGCAGUUGAGAGGAAGUGUGGCCACGUGCCCCACCAGAGGAGGCAGACAAAUGACGGGGGUUGAGUUGAGGGAGAGAGUUGAAGAGACUGAGCUGGGUGAAGCCAGUCUCAGGAGACUAGAGGAAGAGCUGAGAGAUCUUCAGGAGGAGUUCAACGCUGCUGCUGUGAAGAAACACUCACUCGGCCAGACAUGUUCUCAGCUGGCCGAGAGCCUCAAAUCUGCCUCUCAUCUCCUGGAUAGUCUCAAGUACAGACAGGAGGCGUGGCAGUACCGUCUUGACCACACCCCCUCGGAGCAUCUCCUGGCAACCAACUGUCUCCUAGCGGCAGCAAUCACCACCUACACUGGGCCCUACCCCAUACUCUCCAGGAUCAAGAUGGUGUCAGCUCUGACUGGAGUGUGCCUCGAGACUAAGAUGGUGGCCGAGGAGGAGACCAAUCAGCUGCUCAAGAUUGAGGAGUAUCCCCUCUUUAUGAUGGGACAGACGGGGUUGUACCAGCUGGAAUUGGAGGGACUUCCCCCUGACCUCACCUCCAGAGUGUCGGCGUGUGUCAUCUCUCGAGGCCACACCCACUCCCCGCCCCUCAUAUCCGACCCAUUCAACAUGGCAGCUCCCUGGAUCUCCCGUCACUACCAAGGUUCAAGACUUGUGGACUUUGAGUCUCCCGGCCUGCAGUCCAGUCUCACUGAGGCCAUGAAGACAGGCUCCACUCUGGCAGUGACUGGAGUGGAGGGACAGAGACUAUCCUCCAAUGCUCUCCUCUCUUACCUCCUCAAAUGCCCCCAGGACACCAGCUCACGCCCCUCCAAGAUCAAGAUUGAGAAGAAAGAGGUGGAGAUUCACCCUCAUUUCAAGCUGGUGCUAGUGACUACCUCGUUGUCAAGGGAGCUCCCCAGCGAGUUGGUUGCCGCGACAACGGUGGUGGUGUUUUGGCCGGAAGUGGGCGGAGUCAGGGACUUGCUACUGGACCGGUUCCUGUGGCAACAGAACUCAAAGACUGCACAGGAGAGGGAGCACCUUCGACAUGAGGUCCACAGCCAGAGUGGGAAGAUUGAGGAGACAGAGAGAGAGCUCCUGGCUCUCCUCUCCUCUGACCUCUGUGUCCACUCUGACCACCAGACCACCAGGGACCUUCUCCUCCUCAACACAUCGCACAACAACUCCAAAGACAGUUUGGCGGGAGCUCUGGAUUCCCUGGACAGGAUGACCCGGGUUCAGCUGUCCUCUCUCUCCUCCCUCGCCUCGCGAGCCGCUCUCAUCUCCUCCGUGGUCAUGGCAACAGGGAUUUCCCUCCCGCUGUACACCGUUUCUUACGACUAUGUGGAGUCAGUGUUCCUGUCUUUCCUGGAGCAGAUGGGGAGUCACGUGCAGGGGGCGGAGUCAGUGGUGGAGAAGAUGACCCGGUUUGCCUAUCAGCACUUCUCCAGAGGAAUGGUGGAGAGGGACAGGCUUCUUCUGGCCUUCUCCCUCGUUCUACAGCUGGAGCUGAGUGGAGGAGUGGUGACCCACCAUGAGAUCAGCUACCUCCUCAGACCCUCUCCAGGGAGGGAGUAUGCAGUGAAGGGACUGGCGACCCAGACCGGGGUGGACCUCACCCACUCCACACCAGUCUCUCUCGGCCGGAGACCUUACGACUGGAUACUGGAGGCUCAGUGGCAGUCUCUUCUGAUGUUGGCAUCUCAUUUCCUGUGGGCACAGAGAGCUCUGCGACUCUCCAUGUCAGACGAUGCCCAGGGUCUCCAGGCUAACAUGAGACACAUUUUUCAGUCCAAGCACCCGGAACUGUACGUCACAAUGGGGGACAAGAGACUGGACGAGAAGGCUCUGAAAGAAGGUCGCAAUCUCAUACAAAUACUGCUACUGAACAGCGGUAUUCGUCCAGAUAGACUUGCUCUCUCCAUUCAAGCUGUGUCCGAGGCUGUACUAGUGCCACCCAGGUCUUCCUAUGACAUGCCAGUGGAGCUCCGAAAGUUUCACAAGACCUGUAGCAAGGGGAAAACCCCCCUCGUUAUCUUCCAUGACGACCCUCACCUUCCGACCAAUCAGAUCAGAGCUCUUGCCAGAAAACUCCACGUACCAUUGAGAGUGGUGUGUGUGCACGGGACAGGGGAGACUGAGGUGGAGGCAGUCAGAGAGGCUCUGGCCGUCACCAGCUCACAAGGAGGGUGGCUCCUGCUCCACAACAUUCAGGAGUCAGAGGACGUCGUGAGUGAGUUGACGUCUCUGCUCCGGACCUACCCUCCCAGUGAUGGCUGGAGGGUGUGGCUCUCCGUCCACGCAGGAAGUGUGACAUCACUUCCUGUCAGUCUCCUCCACGGCGUCUGUAGAGUUGUCCUGGACACGCCCUCAUCUCUGAAGGGGUCUCUGCUGUACACCCUGGCCUCAAUGCCUCCAGAUCUCUUCUCGGCCAGCACCAGAGUGGAGUGGCUGCCCCUCCUCCACUCCUCCGCCCUCCUCUUCCCCCUCCUCCGUACCAGGAGAGAGAUGCACACCAUCUCAUGGAGAUACUGCCCCCCUCUUCCUCACACCUUACUCACAGAUUUCCUCCGCUAUCUGAAGACGGUGGUCCAGGUUCAGAAUGAGACUACUUCAACCGGUGGCUACGCCCCUCUCUCGUGGAGUGGCCUUCGUCACAUGCUCUCUGAGGUGUUCUUUGGGUCUCUCGUCUGUGACCCUGUUGACCUUCGUACUCUGACCUCCUGGUUGAAGCGUGGAUCCAUCCUGGAGGUCCUCGCAGGGAACCUGAGCUGUAUCACAUUCCGAAGCUGUUCUUCACUCCCGGGACACGCCCUUCCCUCCUCUGCCAGGAGGUGGAGUCGGCCAUGCCCCCUCUCCUCGUGACCCCUGACCUCUGUGGACUAAACACCUCCCCCGAGAUCAAGAUAGGUCACCUGGAGACCCUGCUCCCCUCCCUCGCCUCCCUCCUCUCCCUCCUCCACCUACACUCGCCCCUGCAAUCUUCUGACCACACCCACCAGACACGCCCACUUCCACACGGUCGACUCGAGGAUUAUGCAACUCGUCACCUACUGACUCUGCCCACUGCCGUACCUGAAAAACUUCCAUCGUGGGUCCCCAUUCCAUCCCAUGUCGUGGAAUGGAGUAUGGGAGACAGUCACAUUCCCAUUCCUACAGACAUUGGUACCAGUAUCUGCAAUAUCAGACUAUCCCUGGAGGCCACUAUCAGGAAAAUACAAGAAAUUCUACCAUCUGGCUGGACUAAGGAAACCGUUUCAGAGAGACUGAGCCACCACCAGAACUCCUUGCUUGCCUUCCAACACUUCAUGACCUCCGAGACCUCUCAGAUGACCUCUGCACUCUCUGCUAUUAACUCCUCCCUCUCCUCCCUCUCCCUCGUCCUCCAGACUUCCUCUCGCGGGGACCCCCACUCCCUUUCCUCACACCUCUCCCUCCUCACCCUCUCCCUCCUUUCUCACAGGGUCCCCUCUUUCUGGGUACAAUCCGUGGGAACAUCAGCGGCCCCCCAGAACUGGCCCCUUGGGGAGUGGGUUCGCGACCUCGCACUCAGACGGGCGUUCCUGGAUCAAGUUUUGACAGUGGGUGUGGCCAAGGUCCCCGCCUACUGGCUGGGAGCAUUUUUUAACCCUCGUGCCUUCCUCAGUGUUGUCACCCAGCAUGUUCUGCAGUCUCACUGUGGAGGUUGUGGAGCCAGUGAAGACACCUUCUUUCUGGCCGAAGUCACUCCCAGAAACAAGGACCACGUUCGUGACCCCCCACCGGAGGGCGAGGUCUUUGUCUACGGCUGCUACAUGUGGGGCUGUCGCGUGGAACGCUCUGCCAACAUAGAGUUCCAAGACCUCCCUCCCAAACACCACUCCCCCACCCCCCUCCCCCUCCUCCAUCUCGCUCUGACCACACCCACCAACUCCACGGCAACCACCGAGGCUGCUCCAGGAGGGGGCGUGGCAAAAGGGGCGGAGUCAAAGACAAACACGCCGUACCACUGCCCGGUUUUUGAGAACCACAGAGAGAGGAAGGAGAGUGAAGAGAGGAAAGAGAUAGUUCGUCUCAUAGUCCAGAAUUCCGAGGUUCCGUCUUCGAGAUGGGCCAUGCGGAGCAUCUCCUGUACUCUCAGACCCUUUUAACCCAUUACACACUAACAUUUUUAACCCUUUGCCCACACUAGCAAAACCUUUUUAACCCCAUUGUCACUGUAUUUAUUGAGCAAGUGUAUGAGACAUCACAUAAUGCAGACACAUGAAUACACGGCCAGAAAAUCCGAGACAAUAUGAGCAAUUAAAUAAACGAAAAACAUAUUUGAAACAACUAAAAUUACGGCUAAUUUGUGAUUAAUUAAGACUGGUGAUUGGAGGGGGAUGGGUGGGGAAUCCCCUCCAGUACAGGGAAGGGAUGAGCCUCAGUGUUCAACACCCACUGAAUCUAGAGGCAGCACCGA